UGAUAAUGAGAACGUAACAUGACACUCGAUACCCAGCACGUCCUCUUUGGCAUGCAGGGUUUUAUAUAGACUAUUAAUUAAAUCUGACUAGCUUACUUAAUGUGGGACAAAGAUGAACAUAACGAUGGCAUACAUACAUACACACUUGUUGCUUAUGCAGGGUUAUUAGUAUUUAUUCAGCAAUCAUUAAUUACAGUAUCACAAAAUAACAAUACAUUCUUCGUAUCGGUAAACUGUUUAUAAACAUUCACAUUUACUUUGAUUCUUGGAAAACGAAGUGUUACGUGUUUAUAAAAAUUUUAACAAAUAGAUUUCAAAGUAACGUUAUGGGGAAUAAGUAAUUGAUCGCCUUAGUGACUUUUGGCAAACAUUAGAGAAAUGAUGACGCUGGAUGACCAAAGUAGUGACAUUCGAUUCAUACUGCAAGUUAAUUCCACCAUCACCACUAAACACUAUUAGGGACGUAACCAACACACAAUAAUACCCGGGUUGGGUAAAUUACGCUUAACUUGAGGACAACAUACCGAGUUCUAACUAAACGCCACCACACAAAAGCUCUGCCUGCCACUGUAUGAUGCAUCAGUAACAAGUCGAUCGAUAUAAAACUAUGUAUCUCAUAUGAAGCCGAAGAAACUAAAUGUCACAUCGUAAAGUAAAUGAGGAAACGUGUGGUAGAGUUUAGCCUUGGCUCAAUUUUAAGAGCUACCCGUGCACUAUCUGACUUAAAUAUUCAUACGGACCGACGGAGAAGUAAAGACUCGUCUCCACUCCAAAUAAACUCACCUCUACAGAUAAAAAAUGUCCAAGGAUUGGCGACGGUCCAAAACACAAAGUAAUUCAAAUUCAUUUGAUGGCGGUGGGAGUGGAAGUUCGAACGGGAGUGGUGGAGGUCUGUUUUUUGGGGUGGAGGACGACGACGAAGAUUCCUCCUCGUCGUCAUCUUCGUCGGAUGAAGAGGCCGGCUUCUUCGUCAGGAUAGAGAACAUCAUGGGGGGCAAGUUUCAAGUGUAUGCUUAUGCCAGUGACAGCGUGGAACUCCUUAAAACGAGAAUUGCCUUUCAAGAAGGUAUUCCUCAGAAAGAGCAAAACUUGUUCUUAUCGCAUGGAAGAAUACCGCUGGAUAAUCCCUCCGUCCUCCUCGCUGACUUGGGUUUUAACGAGAUUAGCUCAAAGUCGAAACCUAUUCGUCUCAUUACCAACAUCUCGAGUGGGCUGGGGUCCAAAACUUUCUCCAGUCAUGACCCACCACCACCGUUCCCCUCGCUCCCUCGUAUCCCACGCCCACUCUCGUCCAGACGGAAAGGGGACGAAGGUGAGAAUCCGACUGAGAGGACCAGUCACGCACAACAAGGCCAGGAACCAGUCAGACUUCCGCGUCUCGAUGAUAACAGCAUUGACGGCGUGCUGGUCUUUAAGGACCGGGAUCGCCGAGUUUUUGUCAUAAUUAAGAAAGUGUCGAACGAAGAAUCCCUCGGCUUGCCACCACCGUCUCAUCCAAGCUCAAAUCUUAUCCGGGGAAGAAAAUCGACUGCUACAAUGACGGGGUUUGAAGAGCCUGCUGAGAGAAGUAGGAAUUCCCUUUUGACGCCUCUAGAGGAUGGAAUUCGCCGACGUGGGGAUCUUGGCAGUGGGAGGAGAGAAUCUAUUAUAAGGGAACCUCAAAAACAGUUGGAGCGGAUUAGAGAAAAUGCUAAAACACUGCAAAAAAUGACUCAAAUUAGGGCCGAUAUGAGUAUGAAAAAGCGAAUACCACUAAACCCCAAUUGCGAUGAUAGACAAUUCUUUCGACACAAUAAUGAACGAGAAAACCAACUUCCAGACAUUAACGAGACACAAAAUUACAAGAAUUACAACAGUUCGUCUACUUUCCGAGAUGAAUCAAGUCACAAGGAGACGAGUAGUUGCACUGCUUCCCUGAAACUCAAGUCUUCUGAUUCAAAGACAAAAAUUACAACGCACACAACGUUUAACAGAACAAUCACGUCGAGUGUUUCGGAGCUUAAUAGACUUAAAGCAGAACUUUACUUAGAAGCCAAGAGAACGGGCGGGGGCACGUUUGGGAUUUUGCCAUACACUAACAACCAACUAGUUCGAUACGUACAACUGAAAGUGAAAGUAUUGUUGGCUGACCAAAAUCCUGAAGAAUAUGAUUAUCUGAGUCGUCACAAAUUUGUACCGUUUCCCGACCCACAUAGCUUGGUACCCACCGUGGUAGCAAGGAGACAACAGCAAGAGAACAUUAUGACACUAAAUUCCGCUGUAAGGAGGCAUAAUGACACUGGGAAAGGUGGGUUAAGGUCAUCGAAUAUUACUGGAUUCACGACCAGACGGAAAAGGAAUUCAUCGUCAGACUCAACUAACAGCAGUGCAUCAAGCAAUAUUAGCAUUUUAAAAGAGCAAAAUCACAUAAUAACGAGACUGACGACUGCAAGAAAAUUAAAAUCGGACGAAUCAAUAAAAUCAGGAGGCCGGUUAAGAAAACAGCAAUCACAAAGUAGACAACCAUCAGGCGGCACAACCGUCCGGAAUAUCCUUUCCGCUGGUCGGAGGUCGACUUCCGGUUCAAAUCUAGGCACAAGCUCCACAAUUCAAAAGAAAAAGAAGGACAUUGUUCGGUGUGCCGAAUGUCGGAAGCGAAUCGGAGUGGCGUGUCGUUACCAGUGCCGCUGCGGGAAGCUGUUUUGUUCCACUCAUCGCUACGCCGAGACCCACAAUUGUAGCUACGACUACAAAUCAGAAGGUCGUCGACAACUCCAGGAAGCGAAUCCGCUCAUUGUGGCCAAUAAAGUGGACAAGAUUUGACGACGGACUCAUUCUAAUCAGCUUUCACCCGACAACGUGCGACGAUUUAAACGUAUUAUGUGCCUUGAUAUCCGUAUUUGCUUCGAGUUUUUUCCUCCCCGCAUACUUUUGUAAGAUUCUUGUGAAUCGAGUUACUAUUUGACAACAUGGCAGUUGGUCCUCCCGCUAAUAAAAAUUAAGAAAUCAUAAC